CUGUGCCCCCAUGAGGAACAACACGUGUGGAGUGAAGACAUUGUGGCACAUCAACUAGUUAAAGGCCCCGACGUGUGCCUGAGUGGGCUAAUCCCAUUAAAAAAAGAAGGGAAAAAGAGCUCCAUUUCUUACACACAUGUAACCAAGGAGAAACAAUGCUUGGACUGUAGUUUAUCAGAUGGUCAUGAGGAGGUGUUCGGGUAGGUAACACCUCAGCUGAGAAAUAAAAACACCAUAAUGGCCAAAGGGAAUGACAAAUGUCGAGACCUUUUCUCAGUUAAACCAAAAGUUGAUUCAAACAAAAAUGUUAAAAAGAGGAAAAAACAGAAGGAUAAGAAUGAGGGAGAUGGUGACAAGAAACGACAGAAAGUGGACAAACAAGUUUCAGACAUUGAUAUGCAACCUUUAACUUAUGAGGCUUUGACAAAUGGGCAGGUGAUACUGGGUUGUGUACAAGAAGUGCGCAACUAUGAGCUAUUGGUGAGCCUUCCACACAAACUGGUGGGGACUGUGACCCUUGCACGCAUCUCUAAGGCUUACACUGCCCUGCUUACAAAGAUAAAAGAAGUUGAAAAUGAGGCAGAGGAGGAGGAGAUCCACACACUACAAGAGCUGUAUAGCCCGGGGCAGUACAUAGUAACACAAGUUGUGUCUGUAGAAGAUAUCAAUGGUAAAUUUAAAGUCAACCUGACCAUCGAGCCCCGAGAGGUGAACUUUGGCAUCUCUGCAUCACACCUCCAGAUUGGCCUUGUUUUACCUUGUGCAGUGACCAGUGUGGAGGACAAUGGGUUUAUUAUGGACACGGGGAUCUCUAACAUAAGAGGGGCUUUUUUGAAGAACACAGACAUCGAUGAUUCUGGAAUUGUUGGAGUGGGUAAUGUUGUUCGUUGCAUGAUCACCAAGAUUAUGUGGAGUGAUGAUGGACACAGCUUGAGACUGAGCCUUAGUGCUGAUGCCAAGACUGUGAAGGAAGCCACAGUGGACGUUGCUGAUACGACCAACCUGGCACUCCUCUUACCGGGCACCGCAGUCAACACCUCGGUAUCAAAGGUUCAGAAGGAAGGUCUUAAUCUAAUUCUGGCAGAAUUCGAUGGGGUAGUAAGCCGUCUACAUCUGAAGAAACCUCUUGAUCAACUUAAUCAGUACAAGAUGGCUCAAAGGGUACAGGCUCGAGUCCUUUACAUCAUGCCACUAACGAAGGUGGUGCACUUCACAUUGCAAAAAAAUGUCUGUAAUGAGAGUGAUCAUCUACAUGGCAUGAAAGUUGGAGAUAGAAUAGAGAAUGCAGAGAUUUAUGAAUCAAAAUUCAGCGGUGUUUAUCUAAAGUUACGGGACAACUGCAGAGCAUUUUGCUCAGGGAAUCGCCUGACUGAUAAAAUCAAGACACCAAAGCAUUUUAAACGUGAUUUUCCAGUUGGAUCUAAACAUAUGUGUCGUAUAAUCAAGUAUGACUAUAUGGACCAGCUCUUCAUCGUGUCUAUUCAAAAGUCUGUUUUGGAGCAGCAGCUUGUUGGGUAUAGUGAAGUGAAGCCUGGUGAAAUUCUGCAGGCCACUUUGAAAGGUUACAAUGCCCAUGGCGCUCAAGUAGCUAUUAGCAAAUUUGUCGAUGGUCACAUCCCAUUUCUCCACCUCACCAACACCAACAUGAAGCACCCUGAGAGGAAGUACAAUGUUGGUGAUGUUAUUAAGACCCGAGUCCUUAAGGUGAAUCCAGAGAGGAAACAUAUACUUCUUACCUGCAAGGAGCAUUUAGUCGAAUCAAAGGAGCCCAUUGUAACUGAGUAUACAAAGGAAGUUGAAAAUACUAUAACUGAAGGAUGUAUUGUGAAAGUUGCCUCUUCCGGCUUGCUAGUUGCAAUGUACAACGAUGUGAAAGGUUUUGUUCCCAAGAUGAAAGUGAGUACUGAACCUGUUGAUAACCUACAGACUUUGUUCACAGAGGGUCAGGUGUUGAAAUGUAAGAUUCUUCAGGUAAUUCCUGAAAAUAAAAAAAUUAUCUUAAGUCUGAUAAUUGAUGGAAACAGUCCACUAAAGAAGAUGAAGGGUAAGCAGAUUAAACAAGUGAAUAAAGUACAGAUGAGAGAGAAAGUAAACUGUGUUGUUCAGGAAGUUAGAGAAGACAAUAUCAUGGUUAUCAUCAAACCACAAGAUAUCAAGGCUGAAAUUCCAGUGCAUCAUUUAUCUGAUAACUUUAACAAAAUUAGCUUAAUAAAGGAGCUUGUGAAAACGGGAGAUGAGAUCCACAAUGCUGUGGUAUUCAGGAAAGACACUACUACUGUUACUUUAACUCUGAAGUCAUCUGUUUAUCAUUGGGUCGAUAGUGCCAGUGAGGAGGCUCAGUCUAGUAAUGAAUUAUUGGAGCAUGAGAGUUAUCCAGCUGCUGUAAUUGAAGUCCGAACUUAUGGAUUGUUGGUGUUGAUUCCUGUGGGUGUUAAUGGAUGUAAGCAGCUUGUACAUGUCAAGAACUUUACAGACUCUGGUAUUUGGCUUGAUUGUACUGACUUGGGGAUACCUGUUGGGCAGAGUAUAUCUGUUGUUUUUAAAGGUAAAGACAAGCAAAAUCGCCCAAUUUUAUCAUCUGCCUUAAAAGAUAAUCUGAAGAACGUAACUCAGUCUAGUAUUCAAUUGCUUCAUAAUCAUUUCAAAAAUGAAGACAUGAUUAGGAAGCAAUGGUUGAAAUAUGGUACGUGUAAUGCAAAAGGUCAGUUGGCAAAGUUUGAAGUUGGAACCAAACUGAAAGCAAAGGUAACAGUUGUCACUCCUCCUGGGAUUUUUGUGACAAUAGACAACAGCAAAGUGACAGGGAUUUUGUCGCAGGAUCAUCUAGAUGUUCAUACCAAAAUUGAAGUUGGUCAAGAUAUAACUGUUAAAGUUCUUCAUGUAAAUCAGGAGGAAGAGUGUUUGGAACUGACAGCAAGAAAAGACCAUCUCAUGAGUCUCCAUACACAGAGUAACUCCAAGGUUAAAGUUGGAAAGCAGAUUAAGUGUGAGGUUCUGUUGGCCAGAAAGAAUUUUAUCAUGGUUGCACUGAAGACCUGUUGUGUUGGAAGGAUUGCCUACAUUCCCUCCCAGAGACACAUGAAUGAUUUUAAAGGCCGGCAGUCCCUUUAUACAGUUGGUCAUGAGUAUUGCAUGGUGAUCAAAUAUAUCAAAGAAACACUGGUUUUAGGUAUUUUGAAACAGCAUGAUAAAAAGGAAGAUGUUAAUAUUUUUGAUGAUCAACCUAGUAUCCAGUUUAAGUCAAGUGUUGGGGUUCCAGUUAGGGAAGAAGAAGAUAUAGAGGCAGAAGCAUACAAUGUAGAAGAAAUAGCUUUAAGAAAAUUACUGAGGGUCAGAACAGACUCACAGUGUUCCUUGGGAAGUUUAGGUGAUAUUACAGAAGCUAACAUUAAAGAUAAAGGAGACAAAAUAGACAAGGAGAAGUUCAAGAAAUUAGUGGCAGACAGUACUCCUCAGGUUGAUGAAGAAGCUUUACAGGCUGAAAUUGCAAAGAAAAAAUUGGAGAAAAAACAAAUACGACUCUUAAAGAGAAAGAAGGAACUUUCAGAUGCAAGUGAGCAGCUCGAGGAAAGUAUGGAAAUGGACGAAACUAAGGACCAUGAUGCAGUAGAGGCUAUGGAUGAGAACCUUUGUGAAAGUGUCAGUCAGGAGCAACCAAAGAAAAAGAAAUUAAUGAAGAAAAACAAGGCUUGCAAAAAGAAGAAUCCUGAGGUAGAGGUUGAUGACAGUGGUGUGGAUGAGACGAUGGACCCAGAAGAUAAAGAACCAGAAGUUCCCUCAAGGAAAAAACCAUACCUAAAAUUAAGUUCUGGAUUUGUAUGGGAAAUCCCAGAUGUUGCUGAUGAUGUGGGAAAAAAUUCAUCAGAGAGUGAGGAGGAGGAGGAACAGGAAGCCAAGAAAAAGAAGGCAAAAAAGCUGUCAAAAUCAGAACGAGAGAUAAUGGCAAAAGAGGAGGAAAAGCGCUUGCAAGAGAUGGAGUUGGCCCGCUUGGAGAAGGACCGGUCACCCCAGUCUGCUCUUGAUUAUGAGGAACUUUUGCAGCACAGCCCCAACUCAUCUGCUCUUUGGAUUCAGUUUAUAAGCUUUCAUCUUGAGAGUGCAGAAGUUGACAAGGCUAAAGCAGUGACUCGUCGUGCUCUUCAAGUGAUAGAUAUUCGUGAAGAGGAAGAACGACUUAAUGUAUGGACUGUCUUGUUGAGACUAGAAGUUUUUUAUGGCACACCAGAAUCUGUUGUUGAAGCUUAUCGUGAAGCACAGAUUACUAAUGACCAGCUGAAGAUGCAGAUGGCUAUGGCCAUGGUGUAUGCUGAGAACAACAAGUUAAAGGAGGCUGAAAAGGUGUACUUUGCCAUGACUAAAAAAUUUGGAAAAAUUAAAGAUGUUUGGCUCAAAGCAGCAAUAUUUUUCUUCAGUCACAACAUGGCAAAUGAGGCACGACGCUAUAUGGAUAGAGCUUUACUUUCCCUUGAGAAGACAGAACAUGUGGAUCUGAUUAAUCGGUUUGGCCAACUUGAGUUCCGUUUUGGAGAAGCUGAGCGAGGCAGGACCAUCUUCGAGAGUCUCCUUAGUAAUUAUCCCAAGCGCAUUGAUAUAUGGAGUGUAUAUGUUGACAUCCUAAGAAAGAACGGAGACAUAGAGGGAGCCAGACAUGUGUUGGAGCGCAUGACGGGAUUAAAGCUCAGACUUCAAAAAAUGCGCUUUGUUUUCAAAAAGUUUUUAGAAUUUGAAAAGGAUCAUGGAAGCCCACAGAGUGUCGAGGCCGUUAGAACAAGAGUUGAGGAAUUUGUGGCCUCCACACUCCACUAGGGUAAUUAGAUGGAACUCUGUUGUGAAGAAUUGUAUCAGAUAUUGAAAACAAAAAUGAUAGUUGCACAGUAAGUACAGUGAUAUCCCCGUUAGCUGGAACAAUUGGUGCAGAGCACUUUCGGGUAUGGUUGAUUUCCGGGUAACAAGACAAUUUUCUCAAACCUGGAAAAAUUCCUUAUCCCUGGAACUUUUUCCGGUUACUGGGAAAAAAGUGUCUAGAUUUGACCUCUUGCACAGACACGCACUAGCCCAUUUCCCCAGAAUGGUUCUGGAUGCUGGCGAUGCUUUCCUCGAGUCUAAACUACUGGACUCCAUAAAUACAGUUCUAAUUAAGUUAGAAACUUCAUUUCUUUACUAUAAUAAUCCAGAAUAGUUUAUCUAAAAGUUUGUGUAAAUAAAUAUAUUUAAAAAGA